CGACCAAAGCUCACUACCUCUCGUACAGACAUGGCCCCUCUACGUACAGUUGAAGGCGAGGCCGACUUCAGCGUCCCCGCAGCCGGCAAGCCUUGCAAGACCUGGUACAAAGUCUACGGCGAUCUAUCGGACCGCUCGGUCACCCCUACCGUGGUUCUCCACGGUGGCCCCGGGUUCCCACACUGGUACGUCGAGCCCAUCGCUGGCAUCGCCUACCGCUUCUCCAUGCCAGUGGUCAUCUACGACCAGCUCGGCUGCGGACUUUCCACGCACCUUCCCGAGAAGAAAGGCGACACCGACUUCUGGACGGUGCAGCUCUUCAUCGAUGAACUGCACAACCUCCUGAGGCACCUUGGGAUCCAGGGCGGGUACAACAUCCUGGGCCAUUCGUGGGGCGGGAUGCUCGCGGCCUCGUUUGCGGUGCAGAAGCCGAAGGGGCUCCGGAAGCUCGUGAUUUCCUCAUCGCCAGCGAGCAUGGCGCUGUUCGUAGAGGGGUGCGCGGAGCUGCGGAAGGCACUGCCCCCUGGCGUGCAGGACGCGCUGAAUAGGCACGAGGCGGCUGGAACGACCGACAGUGAGGAUUACAAGGAGUCAUGCGAGGCGUUUGGCGUGCGGCACGAAUGUCGGAUACGCCCCAAGCCCGAUGUUGAGGAGAAGUCAGAGGAGAGUAUGGGCGCAGAUCCGACUGUGUAUCUCACCAUGAACGGUCCCUCUGAGUUCUACAUCACGGGCUCGCUGAAGACCUUUGACCUGUCGUCCGAGUUGCACAACAUUGAAGUGCCCACCUUGCUCACAAACGGUCGCUACGACGAGGUGCAGGAUCUAUCGAUCUCCCCCUUCUUUGAGCAGAUACGGCAGGUCAAGUGGGUGCAGUUCGCGGAGUCCGCGCAUGUUGCGCACAUUGAAGAGACGGAGCGAUAUCUGGACGUCGUGGGCCGUUUCUUGGUCCACUAGCAGCCUAGCGCACCUAGUAUGAUAGUAUAAUGAUAAAUAUCUGCAUGUUUAACUCCAGUGAAGUGUGGUGGUUGGCAUAGGUUGCACGUAAGACUGAAGGGUAUGUUUGACGAAGGACUCAUGGGUUCCAACGCGAGAAAUUAUAUAUGUUCCCACGACU